AUGGUGAUUGGCAAGAACAAGCGCCUUAUGAAAGGUGGCAAAAAGGGAGCCAAGAAGAAAGUGGUUGAUCCAUUUUCUAAGGAAGAUUUGUACAAUGUGAAAGCACCUGCUAUGUUCAAUAUAAGAAAUAUAGGAAAGACGCUAGUCACCAGGACCCAAGGAACCAAAAUUGCAUCCGAUGGCCUCAAGGGUCCUGUGUUUGAAGUGAGUUUUGCUGAUUUGCAGAAUGGUGAAGUUGCAUUUAGAAAAUUCAAACUGAUUAUAGAAGAUGUUUAGGGCAAAAGCUGCCUGACUAACUUCCAUGGCAUGGAUCUUAUCCGUGACAAAAUAUGUUCCAUGGUGAAAAAAUGGCAGACAGUGAUCGAAGCUCAUGUUGAUGUCAAGACUACCAAUGGUUACUCGCUUUGUCUGUUCUGUGUUGGUU